CCUACGGGAAAAGACGGAAACACCCUCCUCCGUCCAUAUUUGUAAUUGUGAGUCUACUUCUUCUACCGGCUCUGCGAACCAGAAAGCCCUAGAUGUCUUUCUCUUAUUGGGGUUUCGAUUUGGUUGAUCGACGCGGAGACAAUGGCUAGUAACAAAAGAGAUGAACCGAGCACCGCGCCGCAGCCCGAUCGUUGGUAUAACCUAACCCUAGGGUCGUCUUUCAAAGAUCACCAUCCCUCCUCCAAGUUCUGCACUUUGCGUUAUGAAUUUAAACCGGCCUCAAUUGAUAAAAACCAGCCAGGAUCACUGCAUAAAAACAAGGAAAACAGGGUCACUGUAGAAUUUCACAAUAACCAACCUGGGAAACCAAAAGUGACCUUUGAGGGCAGUAGCGAGGAUUAUAAGGAAAAUGAUGCAGUUCUGUUCUUUGAUGGUGAGAGCCUUAGGUUGGAACGGUUGCACCGGGCAGUAAAGCGUUUGAGACAUGUUCGGCUACCAGGUGAGUCUGCUGCGGCAGCAACAACAGCUUCACUUGCACCAGUGGCAGAAUCUGGUUCACCACCUGUCAGUAAAGUCGCUAAGUUCCAGUCUUUGAACAAGAGCAUACCUCCUUCAGUGCCGAUUGAAAUUGAACGAAUUGAUAUUGGUGACUUCAAAAGUUCAGCUACAGAUGCGAAACCUAAAAAUGACAAGCCUGUUGAUUAUCCAUCGGCACAACCAAAUUCAUUCACUGCAUCACCAGAUCCUAAGAAAGAAGAUGACGUGGAAGAACAGUUAGACAUACUCAAUGAUGAUGAUGAUGGUGGUGAAGCAGGCAAUGGAGGAAAUGCUGCAGAAAAAGGGUUCAACACUGGUAUUGACAUUAACGUGACACAUCAAAAUGAUACAGAUGAUGAGAUUGCUGAUGUAGACAUCAGUGACGAGGAGGAUAAAGGCCCUAAUGCUGCAGAAGUCCUUAGAGCACGAGUGAACGCGGAGGAAAGAGAGGAGCAAACUUCAAGCUCUAGUGGUAGCAGUGGGAGUGACAGUAGCGGAAGCGGAAGCGGCAGUGGAAGUGGAAGUGGGAGUGGGACUAGCAGCAGUGAUUCUGAAAGCAGUGAUGGUGACUCAGUAAACUCCAUCUAAGAAAAGGGAAAUCCUCCAAGUGUAGGUUGAGUGCCCCAACAUUGACCGUAGCUAAACGGUUGUUUUUGUUUGCCACUAACAGCUGUACAAGCGAGAUGCAUGUUCACAGGCGAGGCAAAUGCAUGGAAACUGUGCCUCUUGAAUGGAGCCUGAGUGAGCAUUGAGGCAGCAGCUAUUCGUUGUCACUGUUAACGGUUGUUUUUGUUUGCCCUAUUUUUUGUCUUCAAUGUCAUCAGAAGCAUUGGAAGAGAAACGUGAAUGUAAUCAUUCCACCGGUUUUAUGUGUUUUGCUACAUGGGAUGGCCAGGCACAGGAUUUGUUGUUAAGGUGAUUUCACUGGGUUAACUUGGUGGCAGGCAACCCGCCUUGUGUACAUGUAUAUGAAAUCAUUUGUUUCAGUCCAGUGACUAUAAUUUCAUUGCAUCA